AUGUACAGCAGUGAGGCGGAGCGUGUGCAGCUCAUCCAGCUGAUCUCCACUUCGGAGGCGCGGGGAGCCGUGGAGAAGUGGCUGGUGCAGGUGGAGGACAUCAUGCUGCGCUCCGUCAGGGACGUGGUGGCCCGCUCCAGAGUGGUGAGAUUACUCCACCACUACCAUAUGAAUAUAAAGUAUGGUAUGAUGGGACACAGGACAAAAGCGUAUAGUGUAAUUGGAUAUUCUACUAUUACCAUACAGUAUGAUAGAAUAGAAUAUGAUGCCAAACUGUAUGAUCCGUAAGAUGUUCUUACCAAGAGAGAUUGCAUCCUCCCUCCUGUGUGUAGGCCUACGGUGAGACCCCUAGGAGUCAGUGGGUCAGGGAGUGGCCCGGCCAGGUAGUGCUCUGCACCUCUCAGAUCUUCUGGACCCUGGAGGUCCAUGAGGCCAUCGGAGGAGGAGUUCAGGUAGGGGCACCAGGACACACAUAACUGUCAUCUCACUGUCAUCUCUACCAUGAUGACAAAUACCAAAUAUAGCUAUGUCAUAUGCUCAUGAAAUUCAAACGGCCACUUCAGUGUUUCCUCUAUAUUCAUUUAGCAGCGGUGGCCCAAUAUAUAUAUAUUUCUGCCGAGACGCGCUUUUAAAUGGAUAGUCGUUGGCUCAAUGACUGGAAGUCUAUGGAAACAGCUAGCAUGUCACUGCGCUAACGCUAGUAGCGAUGCAACCCCCACACCCCCACCCACCCCCGCUACCCUUGCCAUCACUGCUGAAAAAAAUCCUAGGGGAAACACUGCCACUUAGUUGAGGAGAUUUGUAUGAUAGUCAACACACUUAGUAAUGCAUUUCUCUCUAGGGUCUGAAGAAUUACUACCAGCAGUUGCAGAGCCAGCUGAAGGACAUAGUGGAGCUGGUGAGAGGCAAGCUGCCCAAGCAGACUCGCACCACGCUAGGGGCUCUGGUCACCAUCGACGUCCACGCCAGGGAUGUGGUGAUGGACCUGAUAGACAAAGGUAAUGUUCAGUAGGCUUUAGUAAAUUGUUACAAUACUAUUAUAAUAUACACCAUGAAAGGAAAUGGGACUGAUAUCAGAAAUGUACAGUGCGGUGUCUCUCAGGGCAGUUGCCUUAGGCCGUUACUUUUCUCAUAUUUUUUUUUACAAAUGAUUUGCCACUGGUCUUACACGAAGCAAGAAUGACUAUGUACGCGGGUGAUUCCACACUCUACAUGUCAGCACGCAAAGCCAGUGAGCUCUCUGAAAUUCUAAAUAAGGAAUUACAGUCAGUAUCAGAAUGGGUGAUUAGUAAUAAACUGGUCUUAAAUACAUCUAAAACUAAAAGCAUUGUAUUUGGUUCAAAACUUUCUCUAAGACCUAAACCUCAACUGGAGUUGUUACAUAAAAGGUGUGACCAUUGAGCAUGUUGAGGAAGCUAAACUCCUAGGUAUAACAUUGGAUGGUCAAUUAUCAUGAUCAAGUCAUAUUGACAAAGUUGUUGUGAAGAUGGGGAGGGGUAUGUCAGUUAUAAAAAGAUGUUCUGCGUUUUUGGCACAAAAAUCAACUGUACUAGUUGUUCAGGCUCUGGUCUUGUCCCAUCUUGAUCACUGUCCGGUAAUAGGGUGCAGCAAAAGCCCUAUUCGGAUGGGAAUAGAGGUUGGGUAAUGUAAUUAUGUGCACAAAACACCAAUACAUUUUUGUCCCGUCCGAAUCUGCCAUGUCAGUAAUUUUUACAUGGCAGGAGAGUAACAAUUCCAGCCAGUAUAACCUACUGUUUUUUUGUAAACUCCAAACUCCUCUGAUAAUAAUAGACCCCUGCGAAUCGAAAUCCCUGUGUUUUGAGAGAAAUGUCUGAGUUUGACAGGUGUUGCUCGCGGUUUGAGCAAGAAAACAAUAACUGAUUCGAUAAAUUGAACGAAGUGCUGCGCAUUGCCUAUACAGUGGCUUGUGAAAGUAUUCACCCCCCUGGCAUUUUUCCUAUUUUGUUGCCUUACAACCUAGAAUUAAAAUGGAUUUCUUAAAGGUUUGUAUCAUUUGAUUUACACAACAUGCCUACCACUUUGAAGAUGCAAAAUAUUUUUUGGGGUGAAACAAACAAGAAAUAAGACAAAAAACAGAAAACUUGAGUCAAUACUUUAUAGAGCCACCUUUUGCAGCAGUUACAGCUGCAAGUCCCUUCGGGUAUGUCUCUAUAAACUUGGCACAUCUAGCCACUGGGAUUAUUGCCCAUUCUUCAAGGCAAAACUGCUCCAGCUCCUUCAGGUUGGAUGGGUUCCGCUGGUGUACAGCAAUCUUUAAGUCAUACCACAGAUUCUCAAUUGGAUUGAGGUCUGGGCUUUGACUAGGCCAUUCCAAGACAUUUAAAUGUUUCCCCUUAAACGACUCGUGUGUUGCUUUAGCAGUAUGCUUAGGGUCAUUGUCCUGCUGGAAGGUGAACCUCCGUCCCAGUCUCAAAUCUCUGGAAGACUGCAACAGGUUUCCCUCAAGAAUUUCCCUGUAUUUAGCACCAUCCAUCAUUCCUUCAAUUCUGACCAGUUUCCCAGUCCCAGCCGAUGGAAAAACAUCUCCACAGCAUGAUGCUGCCACCACCAUGCUUCACUGUGGGGAUGGUGUUCUCGGGGUGAUGAGAGUUGUUGGGUUUGCACCAGACAUAGCGUUUUCCUUGAUAGCCAAAAAGCUCAAUUUUAGUUUGGGGAGUCUCCCACAUGCCUUUUGGCGAACACCAAACGUGUUUGCUUAUUUUAUUCUUUAAGUAAUGGCUUUUUUCUGGCCACUCUUCCGUAAAGGCCAGCUCUGUGGAGUGUACGCUUAAAGUGGUCCUAUGGACAGAUACUCCAAUCUCCUCUGUGGAGCUUUGCAGCUCCUUCAGGGUUAUCUUUGGUCUCUUUGUUGCCUCUCUGAUUAAUGCCCUCCUUGCGUGGUCUGUGAGUUUUGGUGGGCUGCCCUCUCUUGGCAGGUUUGUUGUAGUGCCAUAUUCUUUCCAUUUUUUAAUAAGGGAUUUAAUGGUGCUCCGUGGGAUGUUCAAUGUUUCGGAUAUUGUUUUAUAACCCAACCCUGAUCUGUUUAUUUCAGCUUUUAUUUCUUUCAUUUUUAUAGUAAUCACAUUCCCAGUGGGUUAGACGUUUACAUACACUCAAUUAGUAUUUGGUAGCAUUGCCUUUAAAUUGUUUAACUUGGGUCAAACGUUUUGGGUAGCCUUCCACAACCUUCCCACAAUAAGUUGGGUGAAUUUUGGCCCAUUCCUCCUGACAGAGCUGGUGUAACUGAGUCAGAUUUGUAGGCCUCCUUGCUCGCACACGCUUUUUCAGUUCUGCCCACAAACUUUCGAUAGGAUUGAGGUCAGGGCUUUGUGAUGGCCACUCCAAUACCUUGACUUUGUUGUCCUUAAGCCAUUUUGCCACAACUUUGGAAGUAUGAUUGGGGUCAUUGUCCAUUUGGAAGACCCAUUUGCGACCAAGCUUUAACUUCCUGACUGAUGUCUUGAGAUGUUGCUUCAAUAUAUCCACAUAAUUUUCCUUCCUCAUGAUGCCAUCUAUUUUGUGAAGUGCACCAGUCCCUCCUGCAGCAAAGCACCCCCACAGCAUGAUGCUGCCACCCCCGUGCUUCACGAUUAGGAUGGUGUUCUUCGGCUUGCAAGCUUUUCCCUUUUUCCUCCAAACAUAACGAUGGUCAUUAUGGCCAAACAGUUCUAUUUUUGUUUCAUCAGACCAGAGGACAUUUCUCAAAAAAGUACGAUCUUUGUCCCCAUGUGCAGCAAACUGUAGUCUGGCUUUUUUAUGGUGGUAUAGGACUUGUUUUACUGUGGAUAUAAAUACUUUUGUACCUGUUUCCUCCAGCAUCUUCACAAGGUCCUUUGCUGUUGUUCUGGGAUUGAUUUGCACUUUUCGCACCAACGUACGUUCAUCUCUAGGAGACAACGCGUCUCCUUCCUGAGCGGUGUAACGGCUGCGUGGUCCCAUGGUGUUUAUACUUGCGUACUAUUGUUUGUACAGAUGAACGUGGUACCUUCAGGUGUUUGGAAAUUGCUCCCAAGGAUGAAUCAGACUUGUGGAGGUCUACCAUUUUUUUUCUGAGGUCUUGGCUGAUUUCUUUAGAUUUUCCCAUGAUGUCAAGCAAAGAGGCACUGAGUUUGAAGGUAGGCCUUAAAAUACAUCCACAGGUACACCUCCAAUUGACUCAAAUUAUGUCAAUUAGCCUAUCAGAAGCUUCUAAAGCCAUGACAUCAUUUUCUGAAAUUUUCCAAGCUGUUUAACGGCACAGUCAACUUAGUGUAUGUACAUUUCUGACCCACUGGAAUUGUGAUACAGUGAAUUAUAAGUGAAAUAAUCUGUCUGUAAACAAUUGUUGUAAAAAUUACUUGUGUCAUGCACAAAGUAGAUGUCCUAACCGACUUGCCAAAAAUAUAGUUUGUUAACAAGAAAUUUGUGGAGUGGUUGAAAAACGAGUUUUAAUGACUCCACCCUAAGUGUAUGUAAACUUCCGACUUCAACUGUAUAUACUGAGAUCAUGUGACGCUUAGAUUGCACACAGGUGGACUUUAACUUUAACUAAUUAUGUGACUUCUGAAGGUAAUUGGUUGCACCAGAUCUUUUUCAGGGGCCUCAUAGCAAAGGGGGUGAAUACAUAUGCACGCACCACUUUUCCGUUAUUGAUUUUAUAGAUACCAGUUUCAUUUAAGGACCAAAGGAUUGACAGCCAUCCCAUAUAGAUUGCAAAAUAGUUGGGAAGAGAUUUUUGACGAACAACCAAACAAAUAAAUAAACAAAUAUAGUGUAUUAUUUUCCUUAGGGCUGUGAAGAUAGAUACCAAUAUCGCAAUAUUUUUUCCAUGCCAGAAAAUGUAUCACGAAGCAGACCAAACUCUUUGGUCCUUUAAAAACUUGCUGUAUGUAACAAUUUGUGUGAUAUAGCUUGGAAAAUAAACAAAUGUGACUGGAUGACAAUGAUGUUUGUUUCCAACAUUAGGGAUGUUUUCCUAAAGAAAUUAAAUCAGCUAAUGUGUUUUGUUUCUUUGCCACGAUACUAACGAGUGUUGCGAAACUGGUGUUGUCCCGGCCCUAAUUUUCCUGUUAUUCUAUGACAGGUGUGUCCCAUGAAACAGACUUCCAGUGGUUGGCUCAGCUCCGCUACUACUGGGUCAACGACAAUGUGCGUGUACGCAUCAUCAACUGUGACGUCAAGUACGCCUACGAGUACCUGGGAAACUCCCCUCGACUGGUCAUCACGCCAUUGACAGACAGAUGCUACCGCACACUGGUAAACCACCCCGAGAAACAUGUAGUCUGAAAGAUUUCUCACUCAGGUCACUUCCAAACUUUAGACUAACAUUUUAUAUUUUUACUUUAUGUCUUAGAUCGGGGCGUUCUACCUGAGUCUUGGGGGAGCCCCCGAGGGUCCGGCAGGGACGGGGAAGACUGAGACCACCAAGGACUUGGCCAAAGCCCUGGCCGUGCAGUGUGUGGUCUUCAACUGCUCUGACGGCCUGGAUUACCUGGCUAUGGGGAAGGUAACUGAGGCUUGGAAUAACAGUGAAUGUCAAUCAAUGUUCAAUCUCUGUUUACUACACGUGUGGUCUUUAUUAUAUAUGGCGAUAGUGCACCUUCAUCUCUGUCUUUCUGUCUCUCAGUUCUUCAAAGGCCUUGCGUCUUCGGGUGCCUGGGCCUGUUUUGACGAAUUUAACCGCAUUGAGCUAGAGGUACUGUCUGUGGUGGCCCAGCAAGUCCUGUGCAUCCAGAGGGCCAUUGAGUUGAAGCUGGAGUACUUUGACUUUGAGGGCACCUUGCUCAAACUCAACCCCAACUGCUUCGUGGCCAUCACCAUGAACCCAGGCUAUGCUGGACGCUCAGAGCUCCCGGACAACCUCAAGGUACAGAGGAGGCUACACUCUUGAUCCUAUGCAAUAGAUUGAUUUUAAAAAUCCAUGUUGAUUCAACAGUACUUCACUCCCAUUCAUCUACAACAGGUGUUGUUCAGAACCGUGGCCAUGAUGGUGCCUAACUACGCCCUGAUAGCAGAGAUCUCCCUGUACUCCUAUGGCUUCCUGAAUGCCAAGCCCCUGUCAGUGAAGAUUGUGAUGACUUACAGACUCUGCUCUGAGCAGCUCUCCUCCCAGUUCCAUUAUGACUAUGGCAUGAGGGCCGUCAAAGCUGUACUGGUGGCCGCAGGGAACCUCAAACUCAAGUUCCCAGAUGAGAAUGAGGACAUACUGGUGUGUCUAGAAAAGUUGACUGACAUUGAUAUGUUAUUAUGUAUACAUGGUAUAGUUAAAAAGUAAUGAAAGAAUAGUCGCUCAUGUUGAAUGUUCUAUGUUUUCGUCACUACCAGCUCCUGAGGUCCAUCAAGGAUGUGAAUGAGCCCAAGUUUCUCUCCCAUGACAUCCCCCUUUUCAAUGGAAUCACCAGUGACCUGUUCCCCGGUAUCUUUCUCCCUGUGGCAGACUAUCAGGUUGGGAUUUUCCUUGCUUGGUUUUUAUGUACUCUGUGUUGAUAGAAGAUGUUGAUGUUGUAUGUUUGUAUAUUUAAAUGUCUGCCAUCCGUCAUGUGUUUCCCAGCUGUUUCUGGCGUGUGCUGAGGAGUGCUGUAAGAACCACAACGUGCAGCCAGCUGAGGUCUUCAAGGAGAAGAUCAUACAGACCUAUGAGAUGAUGAUCGUCCGUCAUGGGUACGCUUUUUCAAGCUGCGUCCUUUAUUUUCUUUCUGAACCGAAACUCAAUCUAAGUUGCAUCUCAUAGGUAUUUGUAUUUAUUAUGGAUCCCCAUUAGCUGCUGCCAAGGCAGCAGCUACUCUUCCUGAGUAGCAGUUCUACAAUUAUAAAAACGUUAUAAUACAUUCACAACAGAUUUCACAACACAUUAAGUGUGUGCCCUCAGGCCCCUAUUCUACUACCACAUAUCAACAACACAAAAUCCAUGGUUACGUGUGUGUAUAGUGCGUAUGUUAUCGUGUGUGUGUUUGCAUGUGUCUGAGACUAUGUUUGUGUUGCUUCACUGUCCCCGCUGUUCCAUAAGGUGUAUUUUAAUCUGUUUUUUAAUCUAAUUUUACAGCUUGCAUGAGUUACUUGAUGUGGAAUAGAGUUCCUUGUAGUCAUGGCUCUAUGUAGUACUGUGCGCCUCCCAUAAUCUGUUCUGGACUUGGGGACUGUGAAGAGACCUCUGGUGGCAUGUCUUGUGGGGUAUGCAUGGGUGUCCGAUUCAACAUGUCAAUGCCUUUCACAAAUACAAGUAGUGAUGAAGUCAAUCUCUCCUCUACUUUGAGACAGGAGAGAUUGACAUGCAUAUUAUUAAUGUUAGCUCUCUGCGACAAAACUAGGGCCUGUAGGACCUGCCUUGUUGAUAGUGCUGUUAAGAAGGCAGAGCAGCGCUUUAUUAUGGACAGACUUCUCCCAAUCUUAGCUACUGUUGUAUCAAUAUGUUUUGACCUUGACGGCUUACAAUCCAGGGUUACUCCAAGCAGUUUAGUCACCUCAACUUGGUCAACUUCCACAUUAUUCAUUACAAGAUUUAGUUGAGGUUUAGGGUUUAGUGAAUGAUUUGUCCCAAAUACAAUGCUUUUCGUUUUUGAAAUAUUUAGGACUAACCCAUUCUGAAACUAACUGCAGCUCUUUGUUAAGUGUUGCAGUCAUUUCAGUCGCUGUAGUAACUGACGUGUAUAGUGUUACUCAAAACCAGUGGCAUGUCGUUAGUAAAGAUUGAAAAAAGUAAGGGGCCUAGACAGCUGCCUUGGGGAAUUCCUGAUUCUACCUGGAUUAUGUUGGAGAGGCUUCCAUUAAAGAACACCCUCUGUGUUCUGUUAGACAGGUAACUCUUUAUCCACAAUAUAGCAGGGGGUGUAAAGCCAUGACACAUACUUUUAUCCAGCAGCAUACUCUGAUUGAUAAUGUAAAAAGCUGCACUGAAGUCUAACAAAACAGCCCCCACAAUAUUUUAUCAUCAAUUUCUCUCAGCCAAUCAUCAGUCAUUUGUGUAAGUGCUGUGCUUGUUGAAUGUCCUUCCCUACAAGCAUGCUGAAAGUCUGUUGUCAAUUUGUUUAUUGUAAAAUAGCAUUGUAUCUGGUCAAACUAUAUUUUUUCUAAACGUUUACUAAGGGUUGGUAACAGGCUGAUUGGUCGGCUGUUUGAGCCAGUAAAGGGGUGUUUACUAUUCUUAGGUAGCGGAAUGACUUUUGAUUCCCUCCAGGCCUGAGGGCACACACUUUCUAGUAGGCUUAAAUUGAAGAUAUGGCAAAUAAGAGUGGCAAUAUCGUCCGCUAUUAUCUUCAGUAAUUUUCCAUCCAAGUUGUCAGACCCCGGUGGCUUGUGAUUUUUCACCUCUUCCACACUCACUUUAUGGAAUUCUAAAUUACAAUGCUUGUCUUUCAUAGUUUGGUCAGAUAUACCUGGAUGUAUAGUCAGCGUUUGUUGCUGGCAUGCCUAACUUUGCUAAUCCUGCCAAUGAAAAAAUAAUUAAUGUAGUUGGCAAUAUCAGUGGGUUUUGUGAUGAAUGAGCCAUCUAAUUCAAUGAAUGAUGUAAUUUAUCUUUGUUUCAUAGUGUAGUUUCUUCUUUUUAUUCAGUUUAGUCACAUGAUUUCUCAAUUUGCAGUACGUUUGCCAAUCGGUUGUGCAGCCAGACUUAUUUGCCAUUCCUUUUGCCUCAUCCCUCUCAACCAUACCAUUUUUCAAUUCCUUAUCAAUCCACAGGGAUUUAACAGUUUUUACAGUCAUUUUCUUAAUUGGUGCAUGCUUAUUAGUAACUGGGAUAAGCAAUUUCAUAAAUGUGUAAAGUACAGCGUCUGGUUGCUUGUCAUUACACCCCACGGACCAACAAAUAUUAUUUACAUCAACAACAUAGGAAUCACUACAAAACGUAUUGUAUGACCUCUUAUACACUAUAUUAGGCCCAGCCUUUGGAACUUUGGUUUUCCUAGAUAUGGCUACUAUAUUGUGAUCACUACUUCCGAUGGAUUUGAAUGCUGCUUUAAAGCACAUUUCUGCAGCUUUAGUAAAGAUGUGAUCAAUACAUGUUGAUGAUUUCAUUCCUGUGCUGUUUGUAACUACCCUGGUAGGUUGACUGAUAACCUGAACCAGGUUGCAGGCAAUAGUUACAGUUUGAAGCUUUCUCUUGAGCCUGAUGAAAGCCAGUCAAUAUUUAAAUCACCCAGAAAAUAUACCUCUCUGUUGAUAUCACAUACAUUAUCAAGCAUUUCACACAUGUUAUCCAGAUACUGACUGUUAGCACUUGGUGGUCUAUAGCAGCUUCCAACCCGAAUGGGCUUUAGGUGAGGAAGAUGAACCUGUAGCCAUAUUACUUCAACAGUAUUUAACAUGAGAUCCUCUUUAAGCUUUACAGGAAUGUGGUUCUGAAUAUAAACGGCCACACCUCCACCUUUGGCAUUUCUGUAUUUUCUGUAGAUCUUAUAACAAUGUAUUGCUACCACUGUAUCAUCAAAGGUAUUAUCUAAGUGAGUUUCAGAGAUUGCCAGAAUAUGAAUGUAAUCUGUUACUAGCAAAUUAUUGAUUUCAUGAACCUUGUUUCUUAAGCUACGUACAGUGGGGAGAACAAGUAUUUGAUACACUGCCGAUUUUGAAGGUUUUCCUACUUACAAAGCAUGUAGAGGUCUGUAAUUUUUAUCAUAGGUACACUUCAACUAUGAGAGACGAAAAUCCAGAAAAUCACAUUGUAUGAUUUUUAAGUAAUUAAUUUGCAUUUUAUUGCAUGACAUAAGUAUUUGAUCACCUACCAACCAGUAAGAAUUCUGGCUCUCACAGACCUGUUAGUUUUUAUUUAAGAAGCCCUCCUGUUCUCCACUCAUUACCUGUAUUAACUGCACCUGUUUGAACUCGUUACCUGUAUAAAAGACACCUGUCCACACACUCAAUCAAACAGACUCCAACCUCUCCACAAUGGCCAAGACCAGAGAGCUGUGUAAGGACAUCAGGGAUAAAAUUGUAGACCUGCACAAGGCUGGGAUGGGCUACAGGACAAUAGGCAAGCAGCUUGGUGAGAAGACAACUGUUGGCGCAAUUAUUAGAAAAUGGAAGAAGUUCAAGAUGACGGUCAAUCACCCUUGGUCUGGGGCUCCAUGCAAGAUCUCACCUCGUGGGGCAUCAAUGAUCAUGAGGAAGGUGAGGGAUCAGCCCAGAACUACACGGCAGGACCUGGUCAAUGACCUGAAGAGAGCUGGGACCACAGUCUCAAAGAAAACCAUUAGUAACACACUACGCCGUCAUGGAUUAAAAUCCUGCAGCGCACGCAAUGUUCCCCUGCUCAAGCCAGCGCAUGUCCAGGCCCGUCUGAAGUUUGCCAAUGACCAUCUGGAUGAUCCGGAGGAGGAAUGGGAGAAGGUCAUGUGGUCUGAUGAGACAAAAAUAGAGCUUUUUGGUCUAAACUCCACUCGCCGUGUUUGGAGGAAGAAGAAGGAUGAGUACAACCCCAAGAACACCAUCCCAACCAACCAUGGAGGUGGAAACAUCAUUCUUUGGGGAUGCUUUUCUGCAAAGGGGACAGGACGACUGCACCGUAUUGAGGGGAGGAUGGAUGGGGCUAUGUAUCGCGAGAUCUUGGCCAACAACCUCCUUCCCUCAGUAAGAGCAUUGAAGAUGGGUCGUGGCUGGGUCUUCCAGCAUGACAACGACCCAAAACACACAGCCAGGGCAACUAAGGAGUGGCUCCGUAAGAAGCAUCUCAAGGUCCUGGAGUGGCCUAGCCAGUCUCCAGACCUGAACCCAAUAGAAAAUCUUUGGAGGGAGCUGAAAGUCCGUAUUGCCCAGCGACAGCCCCGAAACCUGAAGGAUCUGGAGAAGGUCUGUAUGGAGGAGUGGGCCAAAAUCCCUGCUGCAGUGUGUGCAAACCUGGUCAAGACCUACAGGAAACGUAUGAUCUCUGUAAUUGCAAACAAAGGUUUCUGUACCAAAUAAUAAGUUCUGCUUUUCUGAUAUAUCAAAUACUUAUGUCAUGCAAUAAAAUGAAAAUUAAUUACUUAACCCUCCCGUUGUCCUAGGGUCAAAAUGACCCGCCACUGUGUUGAACCAACUUUAUUUAUUUUUAAUUUUUUGGGGAUCAUUUGUGAGAAGGAGGCAGUGAGACUUUAAAGAAAGUAUCACUGCCUCCUUCUCACAAAUGAUCCAAAAAAUAUAAAAAUUAAAUAAAGUUGGUUCAACACAGUGGCGGGUCAUUUUGACCCUAGGACAACGGGAGGGUUAAAAAUCAUACAAUGUGAUUUUCUGGAUUUUUGUUUUAGAUUCCGUCUCUCACAGUUGAAGUGUACAUAUGAUACAAAUUACAGACCUCUACAUGCUUUGUAAGUAGGAAAACCUGCAAAAUCGGCAGGGUAUCAAAUACUUGUUCUCCCCACUGUAUGUUAACGUGGGCUAUUUUUAGCACUUUUCUGGGAUGCUUGAUUGUUUUUAUUGCUUUACUGGGAAGCUUAGCAGAGGUAGACAUGCUCAUGUUACUUAUGUUGGUGCAGGGUGAGCUGCACACAGUGGACUUCCUACUAGGGCACACCGCCUCAGUGCUAACAGUAUCACUCUGGUUCAUAGGCACAUGAUUACUGCAUACAAUAUCUGUGGGAUCAGCAGAGGCAUUCAGGGCAGUAAGAGGGACAUACAUUAGGUUACUUACAUUGUAUCUUCCAAUGCCCCUGGGAUAAUGUACAUUUGCUGAAGCAUUAUGACAACUCAGCGACACAAUGGUAGGGAUUAAAUGAGCUGGGCUUGGGUCAUUGAUAAGUCAUUGUCUCAACGCAGCCUUAUAAUGCUGUGAAAGGAUCCAGGAACCCAAAUGAUUUGGGUAGAUCCCAUCCUCCUUAUAAUACAAGCGUUGUUUCCAGAAGGUAUCAAAAUUGUCAAUAAAUGUUACACCCACAGAGCUGCAAUAGUCUCAUAGCCAGUUAUGGAGGGCUAAAAGUCUGCUGAACCGUUCAAUGCCACGAUUUAGGGAGGGCAGAGGGUCAGAUAUUAUGGGGCGUUUGUUGGUGUCAAGUAGUGACAUCCUCCUGAUUCACUGUCAAUUUAAGGAACUGACAUAGCUUCACUGGUACCUACAUGUUCAAAUCAAAUCAAAUUUUAUUUGUCACAUGCUUCGUAAACAGUAGGUGUAGACUAACAGUGAAAUGCUUACUUACGGGGCCUUUUCCAACCAUGCAGAGUUAAAGAUGAAUAAAUAAUAAAUACACGUUAAAUGAUCGAUGAUGAUGAUAGAUAGAAGAUAAUGUUGAAUGGAAUAUUGUUUUGAAUAAUUUUUACAUUGCCCCUACUGGUGUGUAUCUCAGAUUUAUGCUGGUAGGAGAGCCGUUUGCUGGCAAGACCAAAGUCCUCCACGUCCUGGCCGACACCCUGACCCUGAUGAACGAGAGGGGUUACAACGAGGAGGAGAGGGUCCUCUACCGUACGGUCAACCCCAAGGCCAUCACAAUGGGACAGCUGUUUGGAGAGUUUGACCCAGUCUCCCACGAGGUGGGGCUCAACCCUGGAAUAUUCAUAUUCCUCUCACAUCAUUACAAUCAUAUAUUCAGACUAUCUUUGAAUAUCAAUCUUUAUUUAUUCUUCUUAUUUAUUUUUUUACGCCAAUGGUUUUGCUGUUUUGGACUGUACCUUACGUUGUGUUUGAGUUUUUUUAUUUUCUCUCUCCCUGUCUCUGUUGGUGUUACUCAGUGGGCAGAUGGGAUUGUGGCCAACACGUUUCGUGAGUUUGCGUCGUCUGAGACCCCGGACCGUAAGUGGGUGGUGUUCGACGGGCCUAUAGACACACUGUGGAUUGAGAGCAUGAACACUGUGCUCGACGACAACAAGAAGGCAAGAAUAUGAGUCCACAACAAAGAUCAUCCAAUAUAAUGACUUAAUGACAUACCAGGAGUACGCAUAAAGCAACUGUAACUACUUGCUGUAUGCUUCCUUCUCUCCCACAGCUGUGCUUGAUGAGUGGAGAGAUCAUCCAGAUGUCCAAUCAGAUGAGUCUAAUCUUUGAAGCCAUGGACCUGUCUCAGGCCUCUGUAAGUCAACAAGCCAUCAACACACUUGUCCGGCUAUGUUUCACUAAUCAGUAAUCUGUAAGUCUAUCCCUCCCCUCCCCAGCCGGCGACAGUGAGCAGGUGUGGUAUGAUCUACAUGGAGCCCUCUCAGCUGGGCUGGGAACCCCUGGUGGCCUCCUGGAUCAAUACACUGCCAGAGCCCCUGCAGGUGCCAGACAACACAGGCCUGCUCAUGGAGCUCUUCCACUGGCUGCUACCCCCCUCCCUCAGGAUGCUGCGCAAACAGUGCAGGGUGGGUGGUCCAGAAGCAUCCAUUGGAGUUUGAUCCUGUUUAUCGGCUAUUUCCCUGCACCACAGUAUAUAUAUACAGUGAGGGAAAAAAGUAUUUGAUCCCCUGCUGAUUUUGUACGUUUCACCACUGACAAAGAAAUGAUCAGUCUAUACUUUUAACGGUAGGUUUAUUUGAACAGUGAGAGACAGAAUAACAACAAAAAAAUCCAGAAAAACGCAUGUCGAAAAUGUAUGAAUUGAUUUGCAUUUUAAUGAGGGAAAUAAGUAUUUGACCCCUCUGCAAAACAUGACUUAGUUCUUGGUGGCAAAACCGUUGUUGGCAAUCACAGAGGUCAGACGUUUCUUGUAGUUGGCCACCAGGUUUGCACACAUCUCAGGAGGGAUUUUGUCCCACUCCUCUUUGCAGAUCUUCUCCAAGUCAUUAAGGUUUCGAGGCUGACGUUUGGCAACUCAAACCUUCAGCUCCCUCCACAGAUUUUCUAUGGGAUUAAGGUCUGGAGACUGGCUAGGCCACUCCAGGACCUUAAUGUGCUUCUUCUUGAGCCACUCCUUUGUCGCCUUGGCCGUGUGUUUUUGGUCAUUGUCAUGCUGGAAUACCCAUCCACGACCCAUUUUCAAUGCCCUGGCUGAGGGAAGGAGGUUCUCACCCAAGAUUUGACGGUACAUGGCCCUGUCCAUCGUCCCUUUGAUGCGGUGAAGUUGUCCUGUCCCCUUAGCAGAAAAACACCCCCAAAGCAUAAUGUUUCCACCUCCAUGUUUGACGGUGGGGAUGGUGUUCUUGGGGUCAUAGGCAGCAUUCCUCCUCCUCCAAACACGGCGAGUUGAGUUGAUGCCAAAGAGCUCGAUUUUGGUCUCAUCUGACCACAACACAUUUACCCAGUUCUCCUCUGAAUCAUUCAGAUGUUCAUUGACAACUUCAGACGGCCCUGUAUAUGUGCUUUCUUGAGCAGGGGGACCUUGUGGGCACUGCAGGAUUUCAGUCCUUCACGGUGUAGUGUGUUAACAAUUGUUUUCUUGGUGACUAUGGUCCCAGCUGCCUUGAGAUCAUUGACAAGUUCCUCCCGUGUAGUUCUGGGCUGAACAUUGCAACUCCACGAGGUGAGAUCUUGCAUGGAGCCCCAGGCCGAGGGAGAUUGACAGUUCCAUUUGCGAAUAAUCACACCAACUGUUGUCACCUUCUCACCAACUGCUUGGCGAUGGUUUUGGAGCCCUUUCCAGCCUUGUGUAGGUCUACAAUCUUGUCCCUGACAUCCUUGGAGAGCUCUUUGGUCUUGGCCAUGGUGGAUAAUUUGGAAUCUGAUUGAUUAAUUGCUUCUGUGGACAGGUGUCUUUUAUACAGGUAACAAGCUGAGAUUAGGAGCACUCCCUUUAAGAGUGUGCUCCUAAUCUCAGCUCGUUACCUGUAUAAAAGACACCUGGGAGCCAGAAAUCUUUCUGAUUGAGAGGGGGUCAAAUACUUAUUUCCCUCAUUAAAAUGCAAAUCAAUUUAUAACAUGCGUUUUUCAGGAUUCUUUUGUUGUAAUUCUGUCUCUCACUGUUCAAAUAAUCCUACCAUUAAAAUUAUAGACUGAUCAUUUUUUUGUCAGUGGGCAAACGUACAAAAUCAGCAGGGGAUCAAAUACUUUUUUCCCUCACUGUAAAUAGAUAUAUAUAUCUAUGUAUAUACAGUACCGGUCAAAAGUUUGGACACACCUACUCAUUCAAGGGUUUUCUUUCUUUUUACUAUUUUCUACAUUGUAUAAUAAUAGUUAAGACAUCAAAACUAUGAAAUUACACAUAUGUAAUCAUGUAGGAACCAAAAAAGUGUUAAACGAAUCAAAAUAUAUAUUUUAUAUUUUAUAUUCUUCAAAGUAGCCACCCUUUGCCUUGAUGAUAGCUUUGCACACUCUUGGCAUUUUCUCAACCAGCUUCAUCCUUCAGCCUUCAGCUUUUCCAACAGUCUUGAAGGAGUUCCCACAUAUGCUGAGCACUUGUUGGCUGCUUUUCCUUCACUCUGCGGCCCAACUCAUCCCAAACCAUCUCAAUUGGGUUGAGGUCGGGUGAUUGUGGAGGCCAGGUCAUCUGAUGCAGCACUCCAUCACUCUCCUUCUUGGUCAUAUAGCCCUUACACUUGCUCGAGGUGUGUUUUGGGUCAUUGUCCUGUUGAAAAACAAAUGAUUGUCCCACUAAGCGCAAACCAGAUGGGAUGGCGUAUCGCUGCAGAAUGCUGUGGUAGCCAUGCUGGUUAAGUGUGCCUUGAAUUCUAAAUAAAUCACAGACAGUGUCACCAGCAAAGCACCCCCACACCAUCACACCUCUUUCUCCAUGCUUCACGCUGGGAACCACACAUGAGGAGAUCAUCCGUUCACCUACUCUGCGUCUCACAAAGACCGUGUCUUUAGGUUGGAACCAAAAUCUCAAAUUUUGACUCAUCAGACCAAAGGACAGAUUUCCACCGGUCUAAUGUCUAGGUUGGGCUGGGUCACCUCCUCCCUGCAUCGUCUCUGAGCGACAUCGCAUGACGUACGGCAGUCCGCCCCCAACACGCAGUCGUCGUCCUUCUCGCAGUGCAGCGCGCGCAUGGUUCGCCUGAACGCGUCCUCAGAGAUGAUGGCCCUCGGGUCGGUGAGGCGGAAGUCGUGGCGGUCCGUGUAGCCGAAGUGGUCGGCGCUCAGGUCGCACAUGAGGAAGCUGCCAUAGUUGCCGUGGAAGAUGUCCUCUACCAGCUCCAGGAGGCCCAUGGAGAUCUUGGCCUUGCGGGGCCACGAGGGGGUGAACCACUGGUCCAUGCUGCGUCGGGCCCCACUGGGGACCCAGGCCUCCAGGAGCCAGGGGAGGCUGACACCGUAAAGGGGGCCAUAGGGUACCCUCUCGGUCAUGUACAGGUCUCCACAGAAGCCCAUCAGACGGGGGGUGUGGCCCCGUUCCUGGAGGAGCAGCCCCAGCAGCACCUCAUCCAACUGGAGAAGAGCCCAGGCUGAACGGGCCUCUGGGAGCGAGACGUGGCCGUCCUUGUUGCCGUCAGCGACGCUGAGGAUUUGGGUCACCAGGCUGGCCAGACUAGCCUGCUCACCCAGCUUUGACUGGAGAUGGGGGAGGAAGUGGAGAGAGAGGGGGAGGAAGUGGAGAGAGAGGGGGAGGAAGGAGAAGAAGAGCGGUUUAGCUGGUAUCCUCUAUAAACUAUGCAGAGAUUUCAGUAAAAAUGUUGGUGAAAUAAAUAACCAAAGCAACAAAUGCCUUCGAUGAAGACAAAAAUCCUUGUUAAAACUUAUGCUGAUUAUUGUGACAGUAUCUGCUGAAGUCAAAGCAGCAAUAGUUCCAAUACCUUGAGGUGAUUGAAAACCAUCUCGCGGAACUUCUCCACAGACGUUCCGCGGGUGGGUUUGUCGAAGACCGCAGCCUCUCUCCUGGGCUUCGGUUCCUCUCCCAGCUCAUAGUGCAGCACCUCCCCCACCUGGCAGCGGAUCACCCCGUCCAGGUCACCCCAGCCACCUGUGUACACCUGAGGGCCCGGACAAGGGGGACAACCAGAUAGUGGCAUUACAUUAUUAUACACCUACAGUCGAUAAGAACAACCAAUCCAGGCUCUGUCGUAGCCGGCCGCAACCGGGAGACCCAUGGGGCAGCGCACAAUUGGCCCAGCGUCGUCCAGGGUAGGGGAGGGAAUGGCCGGCAGGGAUGUAGCUCAGUUGGUAGAGCAUGGCGUUUGCAACGCCAGGGUUGUGGGUUCGAUUCCCACGGGGGGCCAGCAUGGAGAGAAAAUUUUUUAUGCACUAACUGUAAGUCGCUCUGGAUAAGAGCGUCUGCUAAAUGACGUAAAAUGUAAUGUAAAAUGUUUCUUGGCCCAAGCAAGUCUCUUCUUAUUAUUGGUGUCCUUUAGUAGUGGUUUCUUUGCAGCAAUUUGACCAUGAAGGCCUGAUUCAAGCAGUCUCCUCUGAACAGUUGAUGUUGAGAUGUGUCUGUUACUUGAACUCUGUGAAGCAUUUAUUUGGGCUGCAAUCUGAGGGGCAGUUAACUCUAAUGAACUUAUCCUCUGCAGCAGAGGUAACUCUGGGUCUUCCUUUCCUGUGGCGGUCCUCAUGAGAGCCAGUUUCAUCAUAGCGCUUGAUGGUUUUUGCGACUGCACUUGAAGAAACGUUCAAAGUUCUUGAAAUGUUCCGUAUUGACUGACCUUCAUGUCUUAAAGUAAUGAUGGACUGUCGUUUCUCUUUGCUUAUUUGAGCUGUUCUUGCAAUAAUAUGGACUUCGUCUUUUACCAAGUAGGGCUAUCUUCUGUAUACCACCCCUACCUUGUCACAACACAACUGAUUGGAUCAAACGCAUUAAGAAGGAAAGAAAUUCCACAAAUUAACUUUUAACAAGGCACACCUGUUAAUUGAAAUGCUUUCCAGGGGACUACCUCAUGAAGCUGGUUGAGAGAAUGCCAAGAGUGUGCAAAGCUGUCAUCAAGGCAAAUGGUGGCUACUUUGAAGAAUCUCAAAUAUAAAAUAUAUUUGGAUUUGUUUAACUAUUUUUUGGUUACUACAUGAUUCCAUAUGUGUUAUUCCAUAGUUUUGAUGUCUUCACUAUUAUUCUAUAAUGUAGAAAAUAGUAAACAUAAAGAAAAACCCUGGAAUGAGUAGGUGGGUCCAAACCUUUGACUGGUACUGUAUAUAUACAUUGUUUACAAGCUCUAUAACAUGUCUGAUUGCUUUCAUAUGUUCUAGGAGGUUGUCCCCACCAGCAACAGCAACACAGUGGUGUCCCUGACUCGCCUCUUUGAAAUGCUGCUCACCCAACCUUUGAAGGAGGACACAGGGUACAAAAACAUACGGACUUGGGUCAUGGUAAGAGAUUAAACAAAGUACUGCUGUGCGUGGCUAUGCUGAAUUGAAAUGACAGAAAUCAACAUACUCCGCUCAUCUCCAUCCCUUUCUCUGUGCCAGGCAGCCUUUGCCUUCUCCCUGGUGUGGUCAGUGGGGGGAAGCUGUGAUACGGACAGCAGGAAGAGGUUUGAUGAGUACCUCAGAGACAUCAUCUUAGGGAAGGCAGACAACCACCCCAUCCCCGCUUCCGUGUCCAAAUGGGAAUGUCCCCACGAUGAGAAGGGUCUGGUCUACGACUAUUACUACGAGGUGUGUAACAUUCCCCUGGUCAAAAAGGCUUCUGCAGUGUAAAACAGUAUUUUUCAGUUACUAUGAAUACUUUCUUUUUUUUCACAGUUUAAAGGGAAAGGUCGCUGGGUGCACUGGACCGACUCGAUUAAGAACGUCAAUCUGGGGGACAAGAACACCAAAGUGCAGGAUAUCAUCGUCCCUACCAUAGACACGGUCCGAUACACCUACCUCAUGGACCUCUGCAUCGACUAUGGAGUGUAAGUGUGCGUCAACACACCCAGACCAAUGGGGAUGUAAUUUGUUAACGCACUUGCACUUGCAUUAUGGUUUCACAGAUCAUUAAAUUCAGUUGGUGCGUUAUAUUGUAAAACAGCCACUUAUCAUAUGUCUGUCUCUGUGAAGGCCAUUGCUGUUUGUGGGGCCCACUGGGACGGGGAAGUCUGUGUACGUGAAGGAGAAACUCAUGAACAACCUGGACAAGGACCGCUACCUGCCCUUCUUUAUCAACUUCUCAGCACGCACCAGCGCUAACCAGAGCCAGGUAAACAAUGAAGAGCUACAAAUGCGCUAUCUUAAUUUGACCCUGCUUCUCGCAGCAGGAAAAUAAUCCUGCAGCAACAGGAAAUUUGAAUUAUUAUGUGGAUUAUAAUUAAUGACAUUUUUGUAGGGGUUGAUAGGUUUUUCGUUAGGGCAAAUCAUGUCUGACAUUUUUAAAAGUGGAAAUUACUAUCUUUAAAAGCCUUUUUAAACCUUGAAUACACUACAAUUUGCAUUUCCUGCUAUGCAGGAACAUUUUCUGCGACAACAGAGUGAUCAUAUUAAGAUAUCAGAUCUGUAUGAAACAUAAUUUCUGUCAUACAGUAUGUUGAUCACAUCUGAUCACUGUAUACUCAAUUCAUUUCACUUAUACAUAUAUACCGUACCAGUCAAAAGUUUGGACACACCUACUCAUUCCAGGGUUUUUCUUUAUUUUUUAAAAUGUUCUACAUUGUAGAAUAAUAGUGAAGACAUCAAAACUAUGAAAUAACACAUAUGGAAUUAUGUAGUAACCAAUAAAGUGUUAAACAAAUCAAAAUAUAUUUUUGAUUUUAGAUUCAUCAAAGUAGCCACCCUUUGCCUUGAUGACAGCUUUGCACACUCUUGGCAUUCUCUCAACCAGCUUCAUGAGGUAGUCACCUGGACUGCAUUUCAAUUAACAGGUGUGCCGUGUUAAAAGUUAAUUUGUUUGAGCCAAUCAGUUGUGUUGUGACAAGGGAGGGGUUGUAUACAGAAGACCAAGUCCAUAUUAUGGCAAGAACAGCUCAAAUAAGCAAAGAGAAAUGACAGUCCAUCAAUACGGAACAUGAAGGUCAGUCAAUACGGAACAUUUCAAGAACUUUGAAAGUUUCUUAAAGUGCAGUCGCAAAAACCAUCAAGCGCUCUGAUGAAACUGGCUCUCAUGAGGACCGGCACAGGAAAGGAAGAACCAGAGUUACCUCUGCUGCAGAGGAUAAAUUCAUUAGAGUUACCAGCCUCAGGAAAUUGCAGCCCAAAUAAAUGCUUCACAGAGUUCAAGUAACAGACACAUCUCAACAUCAACUGUUCAGAGGGGACUGCGUGAAUUAGGCCUUCAUGGUCGAAUUGCUGCAAAGAAACCACUACUAAAGGACACCAAUAAUAAGAAGUGACUUGUUUGGGCCAAGCAACACAAGCAAUGGACAUUAGACCGGUGGAAAUCUGUCCUUUGGUCUGAUGAGUCCAAAUUUGAGAUUUUGGUUCCAAUCGCUGUGUCUUUGUGAGACGCAGAAUAGGUGAACGGAUGAUCUCCGCAUGUGUGGUUCCCACCAUGAAGCAUGGAGAAAGAGGUGUGAUGGUGUGGGGGUGCUUUGCUGGUGACACUGUCUGUGAUUUAUUUAGAAUUCAAGGCACACUUAACCAGCAUGGCUACCACAGCAUUCUGCAGCGAUACGCCAUCCCGUCUGGUUUGCGCUUAGUGGGACUAUCAUUUGUUUUUCAACAGGAGCAAGUGUAAGGGCUAUUUCACCUCGAGCAAGUGUAAGGGCUAUUUGACCAAGAAGGAGAGUGAUGGAGUACUGCAUCAGAUGACCUGGCCUCCACAAUCACCUGACCUCAACCCAAUUGAAAUGGUUUGGGAUGAGUUGGACCACAGAGUGAAGGAAAAGUUUUAACACUUUUUUGGUUACUACAUGAUUCCAUAUGUGUUAUUUCAUAGUUUUGAUGUCUUCACUAUUAUUCUACAAUGUAGAAAUAAAGAAAAACCAUGGAAUUAGUAGGUGUGUCCAAACUUUUGACUGGCACUGUAUAUACAGUGAGCUUUGUUUUGGCUCUGUACUCCAGCACUUUGGAUUUGAAAUGAUACAAUAACUAUGAGGUUCAAGUGCAUACUGUUAGCUUUAAUUUGAGGGCAUUUUCAUCCAUAUUAGGUGAACCGUUUACAAAGUACAGCACUAUUUGUAUAUCGUCCCCCCAUUUUAGGGAUCCCAAAUUAUUGGGACAAAUACACUUAUGUGUAUCAAAAUAGUAAAAGUUAAGUAUUUGGUCCCACAUUAAUGUGGAUGCUAUCAUGAUUACAGAUAAUCCUGAAUGAAUCGUGAAUAAUGAUAAGUGAGAAAGUUACAGACGCACAAAUAUCAUACCCCCAAGACAUGCUAACCUCUCACUAUUACAAUAACGGGAGGUUAGCAUUUUUGGGGGGUAUCAAAUCAAAUCAAAUGUUAUUGGUCACAUGCGCCGAAUACAACAGGUGCAGACAUUACAGUGAAAUGCUUACUUACAGCCCUUAACCAAUAGUGCAUUUAUUUUUUACAAAAAAAGUAAAAAUAAAACAACAACAAAAAAAGUGUUGAGAGAAAAAAGAGCAGAAGUAAAAUAAAGUGACAGUAGGGAGGCUAUAUAUACAGGGGGGUACCAUUGCAGAGUCAAUGUGCGGGGGCACCGGCUAGUUGAGGUAGUUGAGGUAAUAUGUACAUGUGGGUAGAGUUAAAGUGACUAUGCAUAAAUAAUUAACAGAGUAGCAGCAGCGUAAAAAGGAUGGGGUGGGGGGGCAGUGCAAAUAGUCCGGGUAGCCAAUCAGCUGUUCAGGAGUCUUAUGGCUUGGGGGUAGAAGCUGUUGAGAAGUAUUUUGGACCUAGACUUGGCACUCCGGUACCGCUUGCCGUGCGGUAGCAGAGAGAACAGUCUAUGACUAGGGUGGCUGGAGUCUUUGACAAUUUUGAGGGCCUUCCUCUGACACCGCCUGGUAUAGAGGUCCUGGAUGGCAGGAAGCUUGGCCCCAGUGAUGUACUGGGCCGUACGCACUACCCUCUGUAGUGCCUUGCGGUCGGAGGCCAAGCAGUUGCCAUACCAGGCGGUGAUGCAACCAGUCAGGAUGCACUCGAUGGUGCAGCUGUAGAAUUUUUUGAGGAUCUGAGGACCCAUGCCAAAUCUUUUCAGUCUCCUGAGGGGGAAUAGGCUUUGUCGUGCCCUCUUCACGACUGUCUUGGUGUGUUUGGACCAUGAUAGUUCGUUGGUGAUGUGGACACCAAGGAACUUGAAGCUCUCAACCUGUUCCACUACAGCCCCGUCGAUGAGAAUGGGGGCGUGCUCAGUCCUCUUUUUUUCCCUGUAGUCCACAAUAUGAUAUUUGUGCAUCUGUAACUUUCUCACUUAUAAUUAUUCGUAAUCAUAGUCGCAUCCACAUUAAUGUAGAAGCGUUUAGAAACAUAUUCUAUUAUUAUUUACAGUAAAAGUGACUCCAAAAUGACACAAUACAUUAUUUACCAUUCAUUUCUAUUGGAGAAAAAAAAUAUCUGAAACACAACCAAAACAAACAGCAAAUGCAUCCAACAAAGUUGUAGUCACAAUCUUAAUCUUGUUAUUGCGUGCUAUGAAUUGUGGAACAAAUACUUAACUUUUUUCUACUUUACUACACAUAUCAGUGAAUUUGACCCAAUACUUUUGAUUCACACGAUAUGGAUGAAAAUACCCUCAAAUUAAAGCUGACAGUGUGCAAUUUAACCUCAUAGUCAUUGUAUCAUUUUGUAUCCAAAGUGCUGGAGUACAAUGCCCAAAAAUAAUAAUAUGUGUCAGUGUCCCAAUACUUUUGGAGCUCACUGUAUAUUCUUCCACUCUUUGUAGAACAUCAUCAUGUCCAGGCUGGACAAGAGGAGGAAGGGGGUGUUUGGCCCCCCCAUGGGGAAGAAGUGUGUCAUCUUUGUGGAUGACAUGAACAUGCCUGCCCUGGAGCAGUUUGGGGCACAGCCUCCCGUGGAACUCCUACGCCAAUACUUUGACCAUGGCAACUGGUUAGAGACUACUACAUUACAAUGCCGUCAUAUCUUGCUUUAGGCUAUAAUGAUAAGUGACAUACCUGGAUGGAAUCAUGUCUCUAAAGUUGAGUUUCACUGUCUUCCCAGGUAUGACCUGAAGGACACCACUAAGAUCACCCUGGUGGACCUGCAGCUGAUCUCGGCUAUGGGGCCUCCUGGUGGCGGGAGGAACGCGGUGACGCCUCGCUUCCUGCGGCACUUCAACAUCACCAGCAUCAACGCCUUCAGUGACGACACCAUGGUGCGCAUCUUCUCCAACGUGGUGGCCUUCUACCUCCGCAACAACGAGUUCCCCCCAGACUACUUCACCGUAGGCAACCAGAUAGUGGCUGCCACUAUGGAGGUGAGAUGGUUCAGGAGAUUACAUUGAUAGUUAUUUUAUUUCCACAAGCGUAAAACCCACUAGAUUAUAAAUAUACGAGAGGUGUGAUUGUUGCUCUUCGCACUUCGUUAGGACUCUUUUUAAACCACCUAAAAUCAAGUUAUUUCCAUUUCUCUUCUUGCCUAAUGCUUCGCCCAUGUAUCUCAAAAGGUCUACAAGAAGGCCAUGGAGAACCUGCUGCCCACGCCAGCCAAGUCCCACUACACGUUCAACCUACGAGAUUUUAGCCGCGUGGUGCAGGGCUGCCUGCUCCUCAAGAAGGAGUCCCUGGAGAACAAACGCACAAUGAUCCGCCUCUUUGUCCACGAGGUGUUCCGCGUCUAUUACGACCGUCUGGUGGAUGACCAGGACCGCGCCUGGCUCUACCUCCUAAUGAACCACAUCGUCAGGGACCACUUCAAGGAGAGCUUUGACCAGGUGUUUGACCACCUGAAGGCUCCGGGCAACAAGGCGGUAAGUACAGGAGAUGUUGUUUUUGGUGGUGGUUUGUUUACUGUUGUUUAGAUGUGGUGAUGAGGUUCCUGUGUUCCCUGUCGCUAGCCGCUUGAGGAGGACAUGCGUAACCUGCUGUUUGGGGACUACAUGAACCCUGACAUGGAGGACAAUGAUCGUCUGUACUCUGAGGUGCCCUCCAUGAAGAGUUUCGGCCAGGUGGUGGAGCUCUGUCUGGAUGAGUACAACCAGACACACAAGAACCGCAUGAACCUCGUCAUCUUUCGGUGAAGGCCUUUAACGUCAAGCUCCAGGGUUUUGGGUUUUAUAAGCAGCACAGCAUGAGAGGUUAGCUAGACUCACUGGAAAACUGAGUCUGACUUUGUUUUUGUCCAUUUGCAUUUAGCUACGUGCUGGAGCACCUGUCUCGUAUCAGCCGUGUGCUGAAGCAGCCGGGGGGCAAUGCCCUGCUGGUAGGGGUGGGGGGCAGCGGGCGCCAAUCCAUCACCCGCCUCGCCACCUCCAUGGCCAAGAUGACCCUGUUCCAGCCAGAGAUCUCCAAGAGCUACAGCCUGAAUGAGUGGAGGGAUGACCUCAAGGUGAGACUUUAGAGAGGGAGAACUCAGGGAGGGAGACUGUUAAUGACAUAGAGACCAGGUUGGACUGUAAUGGCAACAGUCUACAGAUAAUUGAAGAGCUGUCACUACUUGGGCAUUUGUUGUGAGUGUUCCAUAUAAUUUUUCGGACUGUUUGCUUUUUCCUGUGCUGCAGCUCUUGCUGAAGAGUGCAGGGGUGAAGGGUCAGAAGACGGUGUUCCUGCUAACUGACGCUCAGAUCAAGGAGGAGGCCUUCCUGGAGGAUGUGGACAGUGUCCUGAACACAGGAGAGGUGCCCAACCUAUUCGCCACGGACGAGAAGGCGGAAAUCAUGGAGGUAGGUCACAGACCAGCCAGAGGGAUAAUAGGCUUUGGCUCAUUAGAGUUAGGCUAUGGUUGGAGGUAGGGUUAAGACUGGGGUUACUGCCCUUUAAAAAAAUAUAUACCAUCACAUUGUCUAAGCAGAAGCAUUCACAGUGAAUGUUGUGAAUGAUAGGAAUAAUCAUCGCAACCUCUCCCUGCUCCCUCUCUCUCCCCAGGCGGUGCGGCCUAUCGCCCAGGCUGGCAAUAAGAGUGUGGAGUUCAGCCCCCUGGCCCUGUUUGCCUACUUUGUGACGCGCUGCAGGGAGAACUUGCACAUCAUAGUGGCCUUCAGUCCCAUAGGAGAGGCCUUCCGCAACCGACUACGCCAGUUCCCCUCGCUCAUCAACUGCUGCACCAUCGACUGGUUCCAGGUACAGAGGCAGUACAAAACCUCUUGAAUCUGAUGACUUACACUGUAUACUAACCAUGAAGUAAUUUCAACAAUCUUUUGCUUAUCAACUUCCCUCACCCCCUAUCUGAACUGCACCUCCCAGCCCUGGCCAGAGGAGGCGCUGGAGCGAGUGGCCAACAAGUUCCUGGAGUCGUUGGAGAUGAGUGAGCAUGAGAGACAGGAGGUGAUGCCCAUCUGCAAGACCUUCCACACCUCCGCCAUCCAGCUCUCUCACAAGUACAUAAAACUCUUCCUUUCCAUCUAACUUAACAAUAUUAUCAGAUAUUCUCAUCUCAUGCUACAGAAGUUAUUGAUGAGAAAAGAAACACAACAAUUCCAUUUGAAUGACUUCUAUAAAAAAACGGACUAAAAUAAAAAACAGAUUUAAUACAGAUUUAUUGCACGAUAGCUGAGGAUGUUGUUGUUCCCAGGUUCCUGUCGGAGCUGGGUCGCCAUAACUACGUGACACCCACCUCGUACCUGGAGUUGAUUGCUGCAUUCCGUCAGCUGCUCACCCAGAAGAGAGACAUGGUCAUGAAGGCCAAGAAGAGGUACACCAACGGCCUGGACAAACUGGCCUUCGCUGAGUCUCAGGUACAUCAAACCGAUUGUUUUUAUCUUGCUACAACAUGAAUGUAAGGAUCUAUGUGGAUCGUGUGUGGCAUGGUUUGUUGCCUUGUUAUGUACUGUGACUUGAGACCUAAGGCAACUUGAAUCAAGUGCUCUUGAACCUUUGAUGUGUCUGUGUUCACCCCUUUGUAUUACACUGUGUUCAGCCUUAGCUCUGUCACUCAUGAGUUUGAUCUGUUGUGUAGGUGAGUGAGAUGAAGAAGGAGCUGGUGGACUUGCAGCCUAAACUGGAGCAGGCCAAGAUAGACAACACCAAGAUGAUGAAGGUGUUAGAGGUAGAGUCAGUGCAGGUGGAGGCCAAGAGCAAGGUGGUGCGUGUGGACGAGGAGGCUGCCACUCUGAAGGCCAACGAGGCCCAGGCCCUGAAGAAUGAGUGUGAGAGCGACCUAGCAGAGGCCAUACCUGCCCUGGAGAUGGCCCUCUCAGCCCUUGACACCCUGAAGGUAGGGAAAGGGAAGGUAAAGGGGAUACCUAGUCAGUUACUGAAUGCAUUCAACCCAAAUGUGUCUUCCGUAUUUAACCCAAACCCUCUGAAUCAGAGAGGUGGGGCGGCUGCCUUAAUCGACAUCAGCGUCAUCGGCGCCCGGGGAGCAGUUGUUGUUGGGGGUUUAGUGCCUUGCUCAAGGGCAGAACGCCAGAUUUUUCCACGUUGCCGGCUCGGCAUUCGAACCAGCGAACUUUCGGUUACUGGCCCAACGCUCUUGGGAUUCUGAUCAAGCAGAGAUCAUCACUGCCUGCCCUGCACAGUCUUACCAAAGGGGAUUGAAAGGAGACUUGCGCAAAGCAAAUAAAUGUGCUAACUGACAAAGUAUGAUCUUAUCUGAUCUCUCUCCUCUCAGCCCUCUGA